AAUGUAGAGUCUAAACUUCUUCCUGAUGUCCCUGUGCAUCACUUCUUUUUCACCUAUAAUUCUUCUGAUGGAAGACCAGCUGGGGCUCCCUUUCUGCUGUUUGUGCUGAAUAUUGCAUGGAGAGGUGGUGAAUGAGUGAAGAUACGUUUGGUGAUGGUUCAAGUGUGGGAAUUGCCCUGGCUGUGGUUGCUGCUGAUGUUGCCUUGGGAAAAUGCCUUGAUAGGGAAUUAACACCAUUCAGUGAUGGGCUGUGGGACAAGCAAAGUGCUUCCCGAGCCCCCCAAAGAUGUGCAGCUAGAUCUUGUUAAAAAAGUAGAACCUUACACAGGCCACAAUGACAUAUACAAGCAUUUCAUCAAGGGUGACUGUGGGGCUGUCAUCAAAGCUGGCUCUCCCUCCCCUCCACGUGAUACUAACCCAUAUCCUGGUAACCACCUGCCUACCCAUGUGGACCAGCCUGAGCCCCGCAAGAACAAGGUGGCUAAGUACCGUGCUAAAUUUGACCCCAGAGUGACAGCAAAGUAUGAUAUUAAAGCCCUAAUUGGAAGAGGAAGUUUUAGCCGAGUUGUGCGUGUGGAACACAAGGCUACCAAGCAGCCCUAUGCGAUCAAGAUGAUAGAGACCAAAUACCGGGAAGGGAGAGAAGUGUGCGAAUCAGAGCUUAGUGUGCUGCGGAGGGUCCGGCACACCAAUAUCAUACAGCUUAUUGAAGUGUUUGAGACCCAGGAUCGCGUAUACAUGGUGAUGGAAUUGGCUACUGGAGGGGAACUGUUUGAUCGAAUCAUUGCUAAAGGCUCCUUCACUGAGAGAGAUGCUACACGUGUGCUGCAGAUGGUAUUGGAUGGUGUAAAAUACUUGCAUACGCUGGGUAUCACGCACCGGGACUUAAAACCAGAGAAUCUGCUGUAUUACCAUCCUGGAACAGAUUCAAAAAUCAUGAUUACAGACUUUGGACUGGCAAGUGCUCGGAAGAAGGGAGACGACUGCCUGAUGAAAACUACUUGUGGGACCCCAGAGUACAUAGCUCCUGAGAUCCUAGUCAGGAAGCCCUACACUAAUUCUGUGGACAUGUGGGCACUGGGUGUGAUCUCGUACAUCCUCCUCAGCGGCACUAUGCCCUUUGAAGAUGACAACCGCACCCGUUUAUAUCGGCAGAUCCUGAAAGGAAAAUACAGUUACUCAGGGGAGCCCUGGCCCAGUGUGUCCAACCUGGCCAAGGAUUUCAUUGAUCGUCUGCUCACAGUGGACCCCAGCGACAGGAUGACAGCCCUUCAAGCCCUGAAGCAUCCGUGGGUGGUCAGCAUGGCAGCCUCUUCCUCCAUGAAGAAUCUACAUCGUUCCAUCUCUCAAAAUCUUCUCAAGCGGGCAUCCUCCCGCUGCCAGAGCACCAAGUCUGCACAGUCCACCCGCUCCAGCCGCUCCACCAAAUCCAACAAGUCACGACGGGUACGGGAACGGGAGCUGCGAGAGCUCAACCUGCGCUACCAGCAGCAAUACACUGGCUGAGCAUUGCAUGGGAACCUGCCAAAAGUCUUUCCAGAUGCUUUCCUGGUGGUGUGGGUGUGCAGCACCCCUUGCCACCCACAUGCUCAGUGAGGAACAUCCAGGUUCUUCCCUCCCUUCCUUCAAGUGUCCCCCCUGUGGCCAUGAGGCGUGGAGGAAAAGGAACCUUGUGGUGGUCAUCGCACCUUGUGAGCACUCCUGGGUGAGUUGUGCCACAGGGUCUCAACGCAGGAAACAGAGUAGCAAAAUCCUUCACUGAGUCUUUGUAGGCUUAGAGCAAAGUUCAGAGUCUCAAGUUAUAUGCAAAUCAAGGAGCCACAUAAGGAGAAGAGCUCCCUCCAUAGCCCGGGAGCUUGGUUGUUCUUAAUUAUUUAUUAAUUCUAGAGUGUUAAGUUUCUCUCAUUUCUGUAUUAAAAACAAAAUCACUUUAUGUGUGUAUGUGUGUACGUGCACAUGUGUGUGUCCACGUAUGCACAUGUAGAUGUAUAUAUGUAUUUAAAAAUCACAUAUAUGUACAAAUUUUGAGCUGAUUUAGUCAGACUUUGUGACGCCUUUGCAGUGAAGCUGGUAUGAGUCACAUGCAGUUAGAACCAGGAUAGCUCUGACUCACCAGCAUGCUACCCACCAGCUUCUCAUCCUGAUACAAUGCUGAGGAGAUGCCAGAUAGCAAUUUUCCAUGAUGGCUGUGAAGCUGAGAGGUUUCCCUCAAGAGCUACCAUUGGCCCGAUGAUGUCAAACGUUUACUCAAGUUGUGUGAGGGUUGUUGUGCAAACUGGCAACAGUGCUGAAGUGCUGUCAGCUUGGAGCUGUGAUCUAAAUCCUUUUAUCCUCACUGGGUGCUCCUGGUGGAGGGGUAGGAAGAGGAUGAUCAUCCUGCAUGAACUUCAUUGUGCAGAGAAAGGCAGGUUUUGUAGAGGUUCCUUGCUAUCCCCCUUGAAUUGUCCUCCAGCAGUUCUCCAUUAGGGGAAAGGGGCUUGUGAGUUGUUACAGAGCGGCUAUAAGGAACAGUAUGUAGGGAGGGCAGAAGGGAGAGCUCUGCGCUGUAGGGGCAGUUAUUUUACAUGUCUUUUGAGGUGUAAACACAAGAGCAAAUGCAAGCACUCGCUUUUACUAGUAGGGGCUUUUUUCAUGUGUGCAGCAGGACCAGUUCCUACUGUGCAGGGCUCAUUCUUGUUGCUGUGACUUAGCCCUUUUAGUUCUGCAACCUGUUAUGCAUCUUGCAUCCUUCAGACCUAGGUUUCUGACUCUUACUUCAGCACACCAAAACUUUACUUGUUCCAGGUAUUGCUCCCUGCCUCUCGAUUUUACUGCAGGGCUCCCCUGCUCUGCACACCUGUUUUGCCCCUGUGUAGCUGUUCCUGCUCUGGAAAAGUGAAAUGGUGUUAGGCAGCCAUUGGGAUGGCCACAAAUCCCUCUGUAAGAUCAGGGUGGGGGCCUAAGUAGCAGGGGUCCAGUCCUGGUGUGCUAGUGGCAAUAAUGCUCAGGAGACAUUGCACAAAAACCUUCAGCUGUUAGAUCUAGCUUAAAUCCAGCAUGAAAAUCUUCUUUUCAGGUUGCCUUGUGCUAGCAAUGAGGGAGGCCUCUUGUGAAGGGCCUAUCAGAGAAGAUGGGUACUGUAGAGCUGAGCUUUGCACACGUCCAUUGAGUUACUAGUCAGUGCAGCAGAGCAAGGCUGUUGGCCUGUUCAGUCUCAGGGCAGGUUUGGUCGCUUGCAAUAGUACAAACAAGAUCUGCAGUGAAGGUAAAUGCUGGUUUUUGAAGAUUUGCAUAUGAAGCUAUGCAGUUUGCUUCAUACUGUGCACUUAGGAAGUGCUUUCUCAGCUCUGGGCUGGAGAAGUAGUCUCUGCACAUGCCUAGGGCCCUUAAGGGGCUGGCAAGCAUGGCCUUUCCACGCUAGGAUUGAUGUCUGUACUGCUGUGUUUUAGUGUUAGCAAGGUAGUAAGUGGUCUGUCGUUUUUCCAGGAAGCUGUAACUCCUCUGUCCACAGCACUCUUGCUCAGCAAACAGCAAAGCACCACAGCUUCAAAGGGAGAAGACUUGAGUUUUCUGUGCUAAGAAAAAAGGGAAUUUCUGAGGAUGCGUUUUCUACCCCAGAGCUAGGAUGGGCCAUAACUUCUGUGAGCACAUCUGGGUGUUCCCAAGCUUGCUAUGGGGAACAUGAGUGAUGGAACCUGAGGACAGCACUCUCCCUCACACAUGUGUAGUAGGAGAGAAUUCUAAAUCCUUUGAGUGGUUUUACAUAUGAUUUUGGAAACUCUAGAGCCUUUGCAGGCUGCCCUUUUUCUGAGUGGCCAUCCUCCCUUGUCACAUAUAGCCUUCUCUUUCCUCCAUCAAUAUUAACUGAUAUCAUCAUGGAGUUAUCAAAAACUGUUUUUUUUUUCUCCAGUUCUAUGGACUACAAAAAAGAUUUCUUUGGCUUCUUUUACCCUUUCAUGUAGUUUUUCCUGUUUCAUUACCAUGUAUUAGAACUACAAACUAGACAUGUUUUCUAACAAAACAGGCAGCUCACCAAUUUUCUUCAUAAACAGUUCAGUGCCCCUCAUUUUGCUGCAAACAGCUCUUCAAAGCGGCAGCCACUUCAAGACAAAGACAGGUAUUAACUGGAAACUGAUUCUUACCGUACACAUUAAGAGAUGGCAGAAUGCUCUCUCAGAAGGCUUCUGUUUUUAAGCCGCUCUUUGUAACUGCUUUCUACAAGUAUGGAGCAUCACACAUAGCCACUUUGAUCUACAUUGUCUAGCUAGGUGUUUUCAUGGCCCUCCCCAGAUUAUCAAGCAUAUUUCUCCUUAAAAUAGGUAUUUUGCCUAUGCAAGUCAGUCAAACUGAUGAACUGAGCCAAGACCUCUAGAAUCUGAGACCUUUCCUUUAACCACUAGACCUUCUACAUGCACAUUUUAUACAGGCCUGUACCCACAAUAUUCCUUCAUGCUUUCCCUUGUGAGGGAUAAAUGAAGGUGAAGAGAAGAUCAGCGUGUUGAGUUCUGACCUGACCAAGCUUGUUUCUCUACCUUCAAAAAGCAGAACAAGGGUCUUUUCAUCUACAACAGUUUUUUCUUUAUUGCUCUUGAGCAAUUGGAUUUGCACCGGGAAAAGUUGUAAGUGAUGUUGUUUAUUAUAAGUUUAGGGUGGAAUAUGUUUUUGGAAAAAAACGUUCAUAUCACUGUCAAUUUUCUGCAGUGAUGCUCUAUGACCAGGAGGUCAGUUGACAGAAGAGAGGAUCCUUCAGAUAUAUGAGCGAUACUGGAUGGCUACAAGUUGCAUCUCUGUUGUAUGGAGAUGCGUCUGAUCCUCAGGCAUCACACUGAUUAGGGAACUGAACCAAAGAAGGACCACGCCAGUCCCAUAAGGGGCUUUGAAAUUCUUUUUCUAGAAAAGUAAAUUCCCUUUAUGCAAUGUUUUCUCUUGCAUAGAAAAAACAGUGUACACAUGAGGAUAGUCUUUAUGUGCUCUCCUUUCAUCAUUUGAUUAUAACAGCCUUGGUUCAAACCCUCUUUUUUUUUUUUUUUAAUUCAGUAUUUGCAGGAACUCUUAUACCCAGAUAAUAACAUGCAUAAAUGGAGAGACUAGCAGAGCUCCGUCCAAGUGUCCUUUGGAGACCCCCGGUGACCUUUGUAUUUUCACUUUGCCCAGAAAGCCGUGAUGGUCCAAAUGCGGCAAUGCAAGAUUCAAGUUAAGAACAAUUCCUGGGGUGCUUUUAUCUUUGGAUCUGUUAAGGGGGAACAGCCAACGUGCUGUAAUUUUGAGCACUGGUUCAGGUGCCUGCAGUCCACCCUCUAAGAAGCUCUUCACUGUGAAUUGUAGUGAAUAUCUGUCUUCAUAUAUAUUCCACAGGCGCAUCUCAGCUCUCAGUUUUUCUUGAGUCUCAGGAGUUUAUGCUUUUCAAAAGUGCCUUGUUUGGGGAUUUCAGAAGUUUAAAUCUCUCUGAAAUUUCUCCUGCUCUUAAAUUUUAAAUCUCCUUCUUUGGCUCUUAGUGGUGGUUCUGAGUUUGGCUCUGGUGGUUUUGGAAGACUUUCUCUAGUGCUGAAUUACCCGGAAGAACGCAGGUAACAAAAAGCGCAUGUCCCAGGCGAUGGCUGAGUUCUGGUCUUGUGUGUUAGCUAGGGCACAAAUCUCAGUAAAUGAGCAAUUUUAUUUUCUGUACUUGUGUUAAUGCAAUGAAAAUGAAGCUGGAAUGACACCUAGUGGCAAAUUGCAGCGUAUCCUCAUCCAUUUGUAUCCCCCUUCUAAUUAUGUUCCCCCUGUUUCAGAGUGAGAUGAUCUUAUAAAGAGGAAUCGGGGUUUGGUAUGAUGAAUAACAGGCCUGGACAUUACCACACCAGCAGUCCUAGGUGUUCAGCAACGUUCACAAUGAUAUGUAGAUGAUAAUGUCUUAUUGAUGACCCGUCACAUGGCACUCCUGUACUGAUCAUUAAUCCUGAAGAACAGGCUUUUACCGCACAAAGGUAUGAGCACAUAUUCACGUGCACCCACAAGAAGGGGACUCAAUACUGGGGAACUGACACUGUGCAGUGAGCCUGCCAGUGCCUUGAGGAGACGUUCACAACCACCCUGCCUUGGAGUCACAUCUCAGGAGACACUAGGAAAAAGCAAAGACUGAAGAUGCUGAGGCUAGAAGCGCAAGGAUUUGGACUGUCUCCCGUCAUGAGACACGAUGGAGCAGCUCAGUGGUGUUGCUUUCCAGCAUAUUCCGCUUCAGGGAAAAGCGAUUUUAAGGUGUAAAAGGAAAUAUGUUUAUUUGUCUUUUGGAACUUAGCGGUACUGUGUAAAACAAUCUCUCAUCUUGACCUAGGAGUUUGCCUGCUCUCUUGGGGAAGAGAAUUACAGCUUCCAAGAAUAUUGCCUAUUGCUUCCUUGAUAUUUUGGAGGGUUAUUGGAAAUGAAUGUUAAGAAGGUCUUCCAGAAAUGACAUGAGGUGGUCUUCAGACUAUUGAGCUUUGCAUUCAGGUUUUUGAAUACAUAAUAUAUUUUUCUACAUGUUUUGCUUAAACAGCAAUCACUUGUCUAUGUUUGAUUUACUUCUCACCCUUCUCAGGCUUCUAAAAACUAACAUGUCAGAUGAGUAGCAGAAGAAACCUGCAUUCCUUCAAUCCAGAAUAAGUCUAUGUGAUUUAACACUGAGAUUGUGAUAGCAUCCAGAUGCUCCUGCCAGUUCCUGGACUCUGUUGUGCUUGGAAACAUACAAACAUACAUGAAGGACAGCUUUGUAGCCUUGUGAUACAUGUAAGCCCAGACAAGAGUUCUGACCCGCUGGCUUAUUUAGUGAUGUGGAAACCAGCUGCAGUACAGUGCCAGCAUUAGAUAUUUGUUUUGGAAAUGAUAAACUCUCAGACUAUUAACUUCUUUGGAAUUUGGAUCAUUUCUUCCUUUAGUUCAGAUAUUUUGUGCUCUGGUAAUUUACAUUCCAUUUGCAUAGCCUGCUACAUUCCUUGAUCCCACUUCUACCAGAGCCGUAGUGUUUGGUUGAAAUACCAAUAUAGUCAACUUUCAUGUAAUGCACAAACUAGAAUAUGACUUGUGGAUAACUCAGCUACUGGGGCAGCAACCCUGAAAUUGGUUCUACAGGAGCCAUGCUCAGUCCUGGAGCAGUGACAGCAGUGUGACAGCAAUUGUGUUGUGCUUUGCAGGUGGGAGAAUGCUCCCUUUGAGGAUCCCACAGUGCAUUAGCCUUCACCUUUCUCUGUGGCCUCUCUAUUAUAUAUGUUCUUCUUGUCAUUUUGCAGGUGUGCAUUUACCUCGUUAGGGAUUACUCCUGUUGUUCUCCUGCUCAUCAGUCCCACACUGGGGCAACUGAAGCUGGCUGUAUGAAUGUAGGUGCUUCCCUGGGGACCCAUCAGUUCUGGUGGAAAUAAUCUGAGAAUAGUUGAGGAUGAACUGAGCAGGGUUGUGCACUUUUCGUCUCACUCUGAUAACUUGGUUAGAAUCUAAAUGAGCUGCCCAGUGUGGGACUGUCUCUGUAAGAACCCCAAAGUGAAUCAGGAGUGAGUGGGCUCACUGGAGAGGAUGGCCCUGCUGCUACCUGCCUGUCUCCAAGCACAACUGCUGCUAUUUAAAUUCGCCGCUUUACUGAGUGUCAGAGGAUGGAGUGGGGAGCAGGAUAGAGAGGAGGCAGGCCACUUGUUUCCAUCCUGUGUUGGUGUGGUAACUGUAUUAUUUUACAGCAGCUAUCCAGGUGGGUUCUUAGGGUGUCCUGUUCCCCCAGCAAGUGUUUUCUUGGACCGUGUCUGUGCUGUCUGUCUGGAGUACCUGGGUUAUCUGUACAUGCUGUCGUCAUUAACGUUUGUAGAGGGACAAACUUGGGAAGAAUGGUCAGCAAUAAUGUCAUAUACUGCUAGUGCAGAUUGCACUGUAAACGGAGACAUGAGAGUCUCUGAUCACUGUUCAGACCGUGUCUUAUUAUAUUCUUCCUCUCUAUCAGCACAUUUCUGGGUAGGAAGGAUGUAGCUUGCAUGUCAGAAUACCAUCUGUCUUUCCUUCUUUGCUGUCCAGCCAGCCUGGUGAUGUGUGUGAGAGAAGCUGUAUGUGUGUUUACCAUUAUAAAGAGAUGAUCUCAUACUAUGUAUAACACUAAUAGGCCUCUUACUAGACUGCAUGGGGCCACAUUCCUGUUUUAGGUGAUCAUACUACGGAUUCUAAGGGCCUGGGAGGGGGGGGUUGAUUUUUGUUUUUGUUUUACAAUAAAUUAAAAUCUCAAAUUUUUGACCUAAUUUAGUAGUCUAAAUGCUAAAAAGAAAAACUGAGAUUGUCUUUUGGGAUCAGACCCUCUGGAGGAGUCACAAAAUGUUAACUGUUAUUAGUGUAUUCCAGAUGGGCCUUUGGGUGUGCAGUGAGGAUGGCUGUAUACUAGUCUCCUGUGACCCCACGCUGUCUGCGGGCCCAACUCAGAUCCAUCCUGGAAAAUGUAACAAAGUGCCUGUACCACUCGUUGCUGGAUACCCAGCUCAAGGUGGUAUGCACCACUCUUGGGAGGUUUUUGAUGCUUUUUCUGACCGCUAAGUCUCCUCUUUCAGCCUGGAUUAAAAAUGCAGCUUUUCAGUGCUCCAGAGGCAGGUGCCUAUGUGUCGGAUAUGCAUUAUUGAGCAGCAA